AUGACGUUAUAUACACUGCUGCUAGUGUGUGUCGGGUUGCUGCUGCAGGUAACCACACGAUGUAAUUGUCACCUAUGUCUCAUCUCACCCCGACAGCGGGGCGACAUGGAUAUCUCCUCACCUGGAAGUCGUUCUUGUAACAGGAACAUGGCGCCAUGUGGCGGAAUGUCAAUAGAAAGACCAAGUGGUAAACCUCUCAUCGGUGGGCAACUCAUAUUUCUGAAAUGGCAGCAGAACGUCAACCAUUACGAAGUCGGAUAUCCAGGCUAUAUGGAUAUUCGCAUUGCCAAUGUGACGGGGGAUGACUUUAUGUCUCUACUGACGUUCGUUCCUGACGUUAACAUGUUCACACAGAAUCACCAGCAAAACUUUACUGCCAUUUCUAUUAUCCCUCAGAUUCCGUGUCGUCACUGUAUCAUCAUAGCAAGGUACCAGUCACACAAACCCGGAGAGUCGACAUUCUAUCAGUGCGCUGACGUCAGAGUCAUUACAAACUUCAGCAGUGGCGCGACACCCGAAGUUCUGCAUACUGAUCCGAGCUUCAGAACGGCUAACGCAGUUUAUGAACUUCACAAAUCCUCACCAAUGCGAACAGAAUUAACAGACACAGUCCGUCUUCAGGGACUCGUCUACAAUGAAUUUGAACCGGAUCGCAUUCACUUUGUAAAUAUUUCAUUGAACACCGGUUUUAUUCAAGAACUGAAUACAUUUGACAUUGGUUUGGAUUAUUCUGCGAGACGAUCUCUCCAGCCAACAAGUGGUAGAGAUCCAACGAUCCUACCCUUUAAAAUGAACUUUUUAAUUGAUGGGAUUGUGGCUGUAAAUCGCGAAUCAAACACCGUUUUAACAGUUUAUCAUAAUGGUGGUUCAAUGGAUGACGUUGCCAGUAACGUAAUGGCGAUAUACACAGAUAACGGAGAGUUGAAAUUAACCAAACCAAUUCAGGACUUUGACGGCGUCCCAAUAAGUGCAUUGGUAUUCGUGAAGCCCCAAACUUACGCCUCCUUCAGCAUACAAGAGGAUCAUGACAAUCAGGGCAACUUUUACUUUAUCCUUGGGCAAAUCACCAUCGCUCCGACAGGCGACCUAGUCUACUCACGAAUAUACAAGAGCAACACCACAGAGGACAAGUACAUGAAUUACAAGUGGUCAACCUAUGAUGUCACCACUGGUAUUAUGUAUGUUUUGAUGGACCGAGAUGGCUCAGCUACUCCGGAUACCCGAAUAUACACAUACAGCGUCACAAACAAAUAUUUAAUGACAGUGGUUGAAGUACGAAAAUGCGGAUACGAUAUUGCAUCCAUGCAUGUCUUUCACCCUCACGCCUCCAGUAAAGGUCUCUACCUUUACAGCAUUGCUCCUGAAGGACCCCUCUGGAACAGAAGACCGCCGUGGAGCCUUAUUAAAAUGGACCCUCUGACUGGUGACGUCAAACCUGUUGCCCACGUUGCUGAAGCUGGAUUAUUCGACAGAUAUAAUGGGGGAGCUGUAACCGGCGGAUUGGACCAGACCUCUGGAAUGCUAUUUCAUAUACUCCGGGUUUCGGAUACAGUGGCUGAUAUAAUAGUCAGUGUAGAUAUAUAUCAGAGAAUGGUACGGUUCUCACGACUAACCAAUCUUAGACACGUACAUAAUAGGUUUCUGUCCAAAACAUGAUAAGCUGGUGUGCAAGCGCACGGUAAGUGCUAUUGUUUCAAGGCUUUAUACUCAUUGCAUGGAAUGUCCAUACGGUUGGUGAAUCUGAUAUUACAUAAUAGAUGGAAUUUGGUAAUAAGUUCGAAAAAAAGAGAUAAUAGAAACGAUAUAGGAUGAAUAAAUAAAUAAAUAAAAUCGUUCAUUGUUAAAAUAUUAUCAAUGAUUUGGCUGGUGAGAUUUACUGGUGAGAAUACUGUGUUGAUUGAUCAAUAACACUGUGACGUUUCCAUCAACAUAAUGUAGGAAAUAGCUGAUUAUGUAACAAAGACGUAUUAUUUUAUUUAUCAUGCUUAGGUUCAAUGAAUCAGUAUAUAAAAAACUGAACGAAGGAAAAUGUCGCCGAAUUUUUCAGUUUUGCGAUGAAAAUUAAGUAUCAUAUCGAUAUAAAAUGUAUACAAUCGAAUUGAUUAUGUGUAAUUAUACGUAUUACAACAGUGUCUACAUUAACUUCGUCAUUUA